AUGCAAUUUCACGUCAAUUAUCUAACAGCAACUUGGCCCAUACCAAACACAUCGAAUGUUCAACUACUAGGUCUGUUUAAAGAUGCAGAAAAUACAUCUUAUUCUACAGCUUUAUCAGUUCAUUCUCGUGCUAUGUUCAAGGCAGCAGUUUUACUUUCUCAACAAUAUAAUAUAACAAUUGAAGGAAAAUACAUAGGAUGGCAAACCGUGCAAACUGGUGGCAGUCCAAUUACUGCUGUUAGUGGUGUAUGUCAAGCAUUAUCUAGUUCUAAUAUUUUUGGUAUUGUGGGUCCAUCAUUAUCAAGAGAAACUCCUAUUAUAGCUGAAUUUGCUGCAAAAGUCGGUAUUCCUGCUAUAUCAUAUGCUGCAACUGAUCCUUCUUUGUCUGAUCGAAAUACAUAUCCUGUUUUUUAUCGUUUAGUUCCUUCAGAUAGAGCCGCUGCAAAAGCCAUUGCAAAACUACUCAUGCGAUUUAAUUGGACUUCAUGCAUAGUUAUUUAUCAAAACGAUCAAUUUGGAAUUGGUGGUGCAAAUGCAAUAAAAGAUGCGUUAACUAGCAAUGAUUUAAAAGUAGCGACAAUGGUGGUAUUUGAUAUUGAAACACAUAGUAUUCAAGGUAAUUUGAGUAGCAUUUUAAUCAGUAGUUCAUCCCGAAUUGUUGUAUUAUGGGCGACUUCGACUUUUACACCUUUAAUUUUACAAAAUGCACUUGAUUCUAAUGUACUUGGUCCAAAAUUUACUUGGAUACUAAGUUCAAGCAUUCCAUUAAACUCUUUCAAUCCAAAAUUUUCUCAACAAUUAAUUGGAAUGCUUACUGUAGAACCUGCAGGAGCAAGUACUGUUGGUGCCCCAAUUAAUGCAACAUUGUUAAAUGCAGCCUGUAAUAUAUGGCAACAAUAUGAGAGUGAAACGUUUCCUGGAUUAAUAAAUAUAAAUAAUUAUGCGCUAUUUGCAUUCGACACCACUUGGUUAUUGAUUCAAGCAUUAGAACAACUUUGUUCAACAACAACUAAUAAUUCUUCCUCAUGUAUGCCACUUGAUGAUUCUCCAUUUUGUUUUUAUCGUCGUUUUCGCAAUUUGAAUUCAUUACUUGAUAUAAUUAAUAAUAUGAGUUUUCUUGGUGUAUCAGGUUCUAUCAAAUUUAGUGUUAAUACAACUGAUCGAAUAGGUGGUGCAUAUUAUCUUGCACAAAACGCUCAACCUGGUUCAAACGGUACAGUUUUUGUGCCAGUAUUGACCUAUAAUGAAAAUGGAGGUUGGAAACCGUAUUCAGAAGCACAUGUGAUUAUCUGGCCAGGUAAUUCAUUAACAAUUCCUGGUAGUAUUGCAACACUUAAUGGUGUAACUUUACGAAUUGGUGUAAUUUCAGUACUUCCAUUCACAAUAGUUGGUAAUGCAACAGAUUCCUCGGGACAAACUACACCACCGCUGACUGGUUUUGUGCCUGAUCUUAUUUCUCAAUUACAAACUGACUUAGGAUUUAUUCCAGAUAUUCGAUUGGCACAAUCAAAUCUAACAUAUAAUCAAAUAAUUAAUAAAGUAGCAAAUGGUGACUAUGAUAUAGUAAUAGGUGAUGUAACGGUUACUUCUGAAAGACGAAAGAUAGUCGGUUUUUCAGAAUCAAUAUUUGAUAAUUCUCUAUACAUUAUUAUGCGAAAUGCACCUUCUGUUAGUUACGACUUGUUUGGAUUCAUGAAACCAUUUUCACACAAUCUUUGGUUAUUGAGCAUAGGUAUUACUAUUAUUGCUGCUAUUAUAAUCUGUUUGUUAGAACGAGAAACAAAUGAAGCAUUACAGAAUAUGUCAAUAAUUUCUCUAUGUGCCAUGAGUUGGUGGUACUGUUUUGGAAAUAUUCUCGGAUAUGGUGUAGAGUUUAACGCGAGUACAGCUGCUGGCCGUUUAUUAACUGGUGGUUUAUAUGUAUUAAGUAUUGUAUUAGUGGCAUCAUAUACUGCAAACUUGGCAUCUGAUUUAACAAUACAAAAAAUACAGUAUCCUAUUUCGGGACUUGAUGAUCUCAAAGCUGGGAAGAUACCAUUUAAUCGUAUUGGAAUUCGUGUAGGUACAGCUAGUGAAAGGUUUUAUUUACAACAAAUCUCUCGUGGUGCAUACAAUUUUCAUCCAUUACCAUCAUCAAAACAAGCAACAUACGAUGCUUUAUUAGCAAAUAUCAUUGAUGUCUGUUUUAUCGAUAGUGGUGUUGGUCGAUAUGUGACGAAUAAUAUAUAUUGUAAUUUAACUUUAGUUGGUGAACCUUUUGAUCAAAGUCAAUUUGGUAUUGUAACACCUUUAGGAUGGAACUAUGCACAAACUUUAGAUAUAGAAAUACUAAGGCUACGCGAAUCAGGUACUCUUGAUAUUUUGCAACAAAAAUGGUUUCAAUCAAGCACUUGUCCACAGUCUUCAACUACUAUGUCUACUGCACUAGAUAUUCCAUCAAUGGGUGGACUAUUUCUAAUCUUUACAGUGAUUAUAGCUCUAUCAUUAUUAUUAUUUGCGUGGAAGAAGUAUAUAAAAAAUCGUCUGUUUUCACUACCAUGUCUUAAGAAGUUCUCAGCCAAAAGAAAACAUUCUGUAACAAGACAUUCAAGAGAAUCUUCUGAAUGUGCAUAA